GAUCGACGGUUCCAGCAUCUCAAUCCUGUUCCGUCUCUUUCUCUCCUGUGUAUUAUUCGUUCUAUUAGUGUAAAACCUAUGAAGACUGAGUAGAGACUUUCAUUGCGCGGAAACUCCUUUUGGAUCCACGCUAAGUUGCUGGAGACCGAUUUUCUUAGAGUAUAGAGAUGGAUGGAAAUUUUGGUUCAACCGAUAAGGUUCUGUGGGCGGUUUCCAUUUUCGCGGGCAUCGUCAUGUGCAAAAUCGUAUAUGAAAUCACAGGUCUCAUCAGUAGAGAAUUUUUUAAGGGUUAUAACAGCCUAAGUAAGCCAACCAAAAUUGAGUGGAAUAAUCGGGGUUUUUCAACAUUCCAUGCUAUCCUUGUAGCAGCCAUUUCCUUCUACUUGCUAGUUUUAUCAGAUCUCUUUGAUGAGACUGCAAUUGGUUCUAUAGUACAUAGAAAGUCAUUAUUGUCAGAUUCCUUACUUGGGAUUUCUAUUGGUUAUUUUCUUACCGACUUUGGGAUGAUCUUGUGGUAUUUUCCUGCUUUAGGUGGCAUGGAAUAUGUCUUGCAUCAUGUGCUAUCCAUGUAUGCAAUAAUUCUAUCUUUGAUAAGCGGGCAAGCACAAUAUUACAUUCUUAUGAUUUUGUUUUCAGAAAUAACGACUCCCUUUGUGAAUCUAAGAUGGUACUUGGAUGUCUAUGGAAAGAAAAGUUCUAUGCUUUACAUUUGCAACGGUGUAGCUUUGUUUCUUGGCUGGCUGGCUGUAAGAAUCCUUCUCUUCAUCUUCUUUUUUGCCCACACGUAUCUGCAUUUUGAGCAGGUGAAGACAAUAUUUCCUUUGGGAUUCUACAGUAUUCUCUCAGUUCCUCCCUUGAUCGCAGUGAUGAAUGCGUACUGGUUCUUGAAAAUUUUCAAGGGUUUGGUUAAGACCCUGUCAAGGAAGAGACACGCACAAUAAAAGUAGGCAUCCGUAUGAACAAUCAGCCAAUAUUAUGUUUAGGAAUAAUUUCAUGUAUUAUCUUUAUGCCUGCCUUAUUUGAUUUAUUCUGGCUUAGCUUUAAGCUGAAACAACUUAUUGAUUCUUUAGGAAGUAUUAAACGUGCUCUAUGUGCGUGAAAUCCAAAAUUUGGACAAAUAAAAUAAUGA